AUUCAAAUCACUAUGGUGAACAGUGUACUGAAGACUGUUCCACUAGACAUUGUAAUGGAACGUCAACGUGUGACAUCAUCACCGGACGGUGUCUUGGUGGAUGUACAGCAGGAUGGAUGAAUCCAGACUGUAAGACAACAUGUCAGGCUACCUAUGGUUUUCAACUGUAACAAGUCGUGUGAUGCCAGACACUGUCUUGGUAGUAAGGACUGUGACGUGUUUUAUGGAAACUGUACAGGUGGUUGUCAAGCUGGCUGGGAGUUACCUGACUGCACAACUGAUUGUCAAGAUGGUACAUUUGGACCCGGAUGUCCGUCAAAGUGUAGUGAACGACACUGUAAAGGAGACAACUCGUCUUGUGAUGCUCAGAAUGGAACAUGCCAGCAUGGCUGUCAGCCGGGAUGGACGAGUCCAAGUUGUAAUAUUCGAUCCUGCCCACCAGGAACAUAUGGGUUAAACUGUAGCUACACGUGUAACUGUGAUGUAUCCAGGUGCGAUGCUGUCACGGGUUGUUCCGGUGGCGUCAGAUUCUGCUACAAAGGAUGGUAUGGAACAAGAUGCACAAAAGAAAAUGUAGCUUUAUUGAAAACUACCUAUCAAAGUUCAUACGGUGAUGCCAUACUUCCGAAUUCGUCUGUGCUUGCUGUAGAUGGCAACCGUAAGGUUGAUGAUGCAGACUACUGCAUACUAACCGGUGCACAGCCAUACACGUGGUGGGAAGUAGACUUGGGAAGAAACUAUUACAUACACACACUAUCUAUUUUCUUCCUCGCUAAUGACACAGUUCGUAAAGAUGGUGUAAAUGUAUACAGUUCUCUGUUUGCAAACCAAAGUAACGCCGGGCACUUGUGUGAAAACAUAACUCUAAGUAAUCAGUUCGUAACCUUUCUGAAUUGUGACGACACCGCUAGAUACAUCACACUCUACGGAAACACGUCAAUGGACUUUUGUGAAGUUGAAGUAUACGUCUGUGAACCUGGCACGUUCGGUGAUGGCUGCACUCAGUUUUGUCACUGCCUGAAUGGACCGUGCAAUCAUAAUACAACUGUGGAAUGCGCAGGAGGAUGUAAACCAAACUGGACUGGACAGGCGUGUAGUGUUUGUGAUUCAACUCACUAUGGUGAACUAUGUACUGAAGACUGUUCCACUAGACAUUGUAAUGGAGCGUCAACGUGUGACGUCAUCACCGGACGGUGUCUUGGUGGAUGUACAGUAGGAUGGAUGAAUCCAGACUGUAAGACAACAUGUCAGGACACCUACAGUUUUAAUUGUAACAUGUCGUGUGAUGCCAGACACUGUCUUGGUAGUAAGGACUGUGACAUGUUUUAUGGAAACUGUACAGGUGGUUGUCAAACUGGCUGGGAGUUACCUGACUGCACAACUGAAUGUCAAGGUGGUACUUUUGGACCCGGAUGUCAGUCAAAGUGCAGUGAACGACACUGUAAAGGAGACAACUCAUCUUGUGAUGCUCAAAAUGGAACAUGCCUAGAUGGCUGUCAGCCGGGAUGGACGAGUCCAAGUUGUAAUAUUCCAUGUGACAGUCAUACAUAUGGCGCUGACUGUACAUUCAAGUGUACACAAAGACGCUGCAAAGAGAGUACGACCAGUUGUAACCGUGUGACUGGUUCCUGUGAGGGCCCGUGCCAGAAUGGAUGGAUGGGGAUCGACUGUACCGGUUGUGAUGGGAAGUAUGGACCAGACUGCAGUUUGUCAUGUGAUGACAGACACUGCAAAGAUGGCGACGCACCGUGUGACCACGUGAUGGGAUCUUGCAAUGGAUCAUGUCGGGCUGGUUGGCAAGGUGAUACGUGUACGGACAAUCAUUUUGGUGUGAGUUGUAAAUCAGUGUGUGCAGACAGACAUUGCAAGGGGGAUAAACUCUGUCAUCAUGAACUGGGAUACUGCAGUGGUGGGUGUCUGUCAGGGUGGACAGGAUUUACAUGUAUUGAAGCCCAAGCUGUCACUGACAAAACUGAUUCUCUAGGCAUCGCAUUCGGCAUCGUGGCGGGUAUUCUUUUUGUACUGUUGGUCAUAGUGACAAGCGUUUUAGUCUGGAACUUCUCGUGA